AUGGGUUCAAAGCAGCAUUCUUUCAAGUCUCACCAUCAUUCCUCCAAGCAAUUCCCCUUAAUAAGAUCUUCUUCAACCAUCCUCGUGAUAGCUCUCUUUCUUGCUUCUUUGGCUUACUUGUUUAUUUCACUGAAAGACUUGAAAGAGCCCUUUUUCUGGGCAGAGGAAAGUUAUAAUAAUAAGUUCAGCGGCGAUCUUCGAGAUGCGAAAUUCGCGUGGAAUAAGCUGUGUUUCGGGGCAACAAAUGAGAAAUUAAAGCUCGCGGUCUUCUCCAAGUCAUGGCCGAUCGGGUCGGAUCCGGGCGGAAUGGAACGCCACGCCUCCACGCUCUACACCGCCCUCGCCGCCAGGGGCCACGAAAUCCACGUUUUCACGGUCCCGUCGGAUAAAUGGCCGCACGAGAAUCUUCACGACGGGAAUCUUCACGUUUACUUCGCGCCAAACGAGUAUGGGAGGCUCAAUUGCACGGAAGCAUUCGAGAUUUUCCAUAAAGAAAAUAAGAAACGUGGGGGGUUUGAUUAUGUCCAUACAGAGAGUGUGUCUCUGCCUCAUUGGAGAACAAAAAUGGUGCCUAAAGUGGCUGUCACGUGGCACGGGAUUUGGUACGAGAUUAUGCACUCAAAGCUGUUCCAAGAGCUUCUUGAGAACCCGAAAGGCCACCGCCCAGCGCCCAUGCUUGAGCUUCAAGAAGCAAUGCCACGCCUGAUCGACGAAAUCAGGUUUUUCCCGAGCUAUUCUGAGCAUAUAUGUAUAAGUGACAGUGCAGGGGAGGUUCUGGUGGACAUAUAUCAGGUCCCUAAGAGGAAUGUACACAUAAUUCUCAACGGGGUAGACGAGUCUAGGUUUAUUUACAACAGAAAAUCAGGAGAGGAGUUCAGGGAAAAACACGGGGUGCCCUCGAAUGCCACUUUGAUUCUCGGGGUAGCAGGGAGAUUGGUGAAGGAUAAAGGGCACCCGUUGCUCUUCGAGGCCUUCUCAUCGAUCAUCAAUCGCUACCCGGGCGUUUUCCUGCUAGUAGCAGGGUCAGGGCCAUGGGGAAACAGGUAUGCAGAACUGGAGAAAAAUGUGAAGGUUUUAGGGGCAUUGGAUCCUUCAGAGCUCUCAAAAUUCUACAAUGCUUUGGACCUUUUCGUGAACCCGACUUUAAGGCCUCAAGGGCUGGAUCUAACUCUAAUGGAAGCAAUGCAUUGUGGGAAGCCAGUUCUGACUCCAAAUUUCCCAAGCAUAAGUAGGAGUGUGGUGUUGAAUGAGGGGUUUGGGUACACAUUUUCUCCCAAUGUUAGGUCAUUUGUGGAGGCCUUGGAGUUUGCCAUAGCAGAUGGCCCUGAAGUGUUGCAGAAGAAAGGCAUGGUUUGCAGAAAAUAUGCAGUCUCAAUGUUUACAGCUACCAAAAUGGCAUUGGCUUAUGAGAGGUUCUUUCUGUGCAUGAAGAACUCUAGAUAUUGCCACUACCCUCUUCCCACUGACUGUUGA